GGGGCUGAGGAAGCGGGACGGAAGUGAACGGGUCCCGCCCCUUCCCCCUUGGCUUUCGUCGGAGCUGCCGCCGCUGCCGCCACCGCAGCCCGCUCUCCGGCUAGCCGGAGCCUCUUUUCUGUACCCUCGGUCCCCGGCCGCGCGGAGCCGGGAUGCACUGCUCCUGCUGUGGGUCCUCAUCAUGGAGACCAAACGGGUGGAGAUUCCUGGCAGCGUCCUGGACGAUCUCUGCAGCCGAUUUAUUUUGCAUAUUCCCAGCGAGGAAAGAGACAAUGCAAUCAGAGUGUGUUUUCAGAUUGAACUUGCCCAUUGGUUUUACUUGGAUUUCUACAUGCAGAACACACCAGGAUUACCUCAGUGUGGGAUAAGAGACUUUGCAAAAGCUGUCUUCAAUCAUUGUCCAUUUUUGCUGCCUCAAGGUGAAGAUGUGGAAAAAAUUUUGGAUGAAUGGAAGGAAUAUAAAAUGGGAGUACCAACAUAUGGUGCAAUUAUUCUUGAUGAGACACUUGAAAAUGUACUACUGGUUCAGGGGUACUUAGCAAAAUCAGGCUGGGGAUUUCCAAAAGGAAAAGUAAAUAAAGAAGAAGCUCCUCAUGAUUGUGCUGCUAGAGAGGUCUUUGAAGAAACUGGUUUUGAUAUCAAAGACUAUAUUUGUAAGGAUGAUUACAUUGAACUUCGGAUCAAUGAUCAACUUGCUCGUUUGUACAUCAUUCCAGGAAUUCCAAAAGACACUAAAUUUAAUCCAAAAACUAGAAGAGAAAUUCGGAAUAUUGAGUGGUUCUCCAUUGAGAAAUUGCCCUGUCAUAGAAAUGAUAUGACCCCCAAAUCCAAACUUGGCUUGGCACCUAACAAAUUUUUUAUGGCCAUUCCCUUUAUCAGACCAUUAAGGGACUGGCUUUCUCGAAGAUUUGGGGAUUCCUCAGAUAGUGAUAAUGGAUUUUCCUCUGCUGGUAGCACACCCGCUAAACCCACUGUGGAAAAAUUGAGUCGAACCAAAUUCCGCCACAGUCAGCAGUUGUUUCCUGAAGGUUCUCCUGGCGACCAGUGGGUAAAACACAGACAGCCACUGCAGCAAAAGCCAUACAAUAGCCAUUCUGAAAUGUCUGACCUUUUAAAAGCAAAGAGUAUGAGGGGAAAUGGCAGAAAACAGUAUCAAGAUUCACCUAAUCAGAAGAAAAGAACAAACGGUGUCCAUAGCCAGCCACCAAAGCAGCAGAAUCCCUUGAUGGUAAGAAUUAUGACACAAAUGCUAAAUAUAGUUCAUUCUGAGAGUGGAACAAUGGGCAUUGUCAAUGCACAUUAAUGUUAUUGUGUUGUUAUUUUGAUACAUUAAUAGGAUUUUUAUGGAAGUAAAUUAGGCACUCUUGUAUUAAUGCAUAAAAAAUUUUAUUUGGUUGCUCUUAAUUAUAGACUUAAACAACACUGAUUCAGUUGUACAUAUAAUUUUUUGCUUUUUAGAUGGUUAUUCACAUUGAUUUUGGGGUUGGUGUACCAGGGAUUGAACUCGGUGGCAGUAACCACUGAGCCAUACCCCCAGCCCUAUUUUGUAAUUAUUUAGAGACAGGGUCUCACUGAGUUGCUUAAUGCCUCACCCUUGCUGAGGCUGGCUUUGAACUUGUGAUCCUCCUGUCUCGUCUUCCCGAGCUGCUGGAAUUACUGGUGUGCGUCACCAUGCCUGGAUACAUUGAUUUUCAUGCCAUGAAAACAAGAGUUAGACUUCUCUAGAGCAAUCCUUUGGCUGUUACUCUGUCUAUAUUUUCAAAAAGAAUAAUCUAUUAAAAUUUUUCAAUUUAAACUUUUCAGUGGAUCUUUAAAAGCAUAAAAACUGUAUGUACUUAUGGAUUACCAUGUGAUGUAUUCAUACAUGUAUACACAAAACAAAUGUUCAAAUCAGGUUAAACAAAUCUGUCUCUCAAACAUCUGUCUGCUUUUCUUCAUAGUGAAAAAAACUCCUUCCAACAUAUAUAUAGUUGUAUUUGGACACAAUAUUUUAUUUAUUUUUUGUGGUGCUGAGGAUUGAACCCAGCGCCUCGCACAUGCUAGGUGAGCGUUCUACCGCUGGGCCCCAGCCCCUCCUUUCAACUUUUUGAAAUACAUUUUAUAUUAUCAAUAUCUAUGGGCUUAGUCCCGUCUAGUUGUAUCCACUGAUCAACUUUUUUGCAUCCCUCUGUUCCCCCAUUACUCUCCCCAGCCUCCAACCAGUCUACUCUCAACUUCUUUUUGUGAAAUUAACUUUUUUGUAAUUCAUUAAUUUAUUGAAAUUAAAAAUUUGGCAGAACGUCAGUGUUUUUUUUUCCUUCUCCAAGUUGAUAGUUUAGAAAAUUAAUAGCUAGUGACAUUGUCAUUAAACUAGGUCUAAAGACAAAUAACUGAACAUUUUAAGGCAUUUCCUUUCAUUCUUAAUUUGUGCUUCAGAAGGUAAUUAAUAAUGUCCUUGCUUAUUUCUUUUGUAAAUCCUAAUGUUAUUGUGCUUGAUUUUUUUUUUUUGUAGUUUUACCUGUUUUUCAUUUCUUUAGUGAAGUGGAUGAUAAUAGUAAUCCAAAUUUUUAGCAAAAAAAAAUUUUCCUGAAUUCCUUGAGUGUAAUUUAUUUGACUUGGGGUGUAAUGACUCCUCCAGUAAAGAUAAAGAUACAUUAAAGACCAGUUUACUAUCAAAACUUUUUACUCUCUUAGGGCUGGGGAUGUAUCUCCAUGGUAGAGUGCUUGCCUGCAUGUACAAGGUCCUGGGUUCAACCCCUAGUACUGCAAAAUACAAAAACAAACAAACAAAAAAAGAAACAAGUCAUUUGCCCUCUUAUUUAACUGUAGUCUGAUUAAAAAAAAAAAAAUACUGGAAAGAACAAAAUAAUCUUAACUGAUGAUCAGAAUACUUCUAAUAGAAUUCAACAUCCAACAAAAGCUA